UAAGUUGGAGAUGGGUGGGCGGCACAGGGAGGGGCUUGCCCCUCUAAAGGCUGAGCAAACUCUGCCUGGACGAGCCAGUCAGAUAUGAAAGUUCUGCGCGCUCAUGGCUUUCUGACAGAGCAGAACGGUUCGGGACAGAGGCGGAUGUGCGCUGAUACAACCCAUCUUCUUUGGGAUUACAACUCACUUUGCGGCUUUUCUAAAAUCAAACCAUUUAUUUUGUUGGCAAAUUGGAGCAAAUCGACCACUGGACCCCAAAACAGAUAAAAUGAUGACCAAACCCUUUGGAAAAAGUGGGGAUAUGAACGAUCUUGUUAGCUCCCUUGGAUGGCUGGAGGAGGAUGGCAGCUCGCAAGAUGGAGAUGAAAGUCCAGAGAUGAGGGGGCGCCAUGGCCUGAAUGUAGGGGGCCGUGUCCACUCCUGCACAGAACUGGGGAGUGAGGACAUGGAUGAAGAGGAUGAUGAUGAAGAGGUGGGACCAAAUGGUGAAAAUGCUCCCAAAAGGAGAGGUCCGAAGAAAAAGAAGAUGACUACAGCUAGAAAGGAGCGCUUUCGUGCCCGCAGGAUCAAGGCCAAUGCCAGAGAACGUUCUCGAAUGCACGGACUGAAUGAUGCUCUGGAUAAUCUGCGCAGAGUCAUGCCCUGCUACUCCAAAACACAAAAACUGUCCAAGAUUGAGACUCUACGGCUGGCCCGCAACUACAUCUGGGCUCUGUCUGAGGUGCUUGAGAGUGGUCAGUCCCCAGAAAGUCUUGGGUUUGUUGAGAUGCUUUGUAAAGGUCUUUCACAGCCUACCAGUAAUCUUGUGGCUGGUUGCCUGCACCUGGGGCCCACUCCAGUGAUCCUUAACAAGCUGGAGGACAAGAGCGGAGGCCCAGGAAUGGGUGGUGUGGUUGCUGGACAUCCACUUAGCUACCCUUCCCCAGGCCUUCCCAGUCCACCUUACGGCUCCCUGGAGGCAUCCCAUCUCCUCCAUAUGAAGGGAUACAAAGGCCCUGUUUACGACAACCCCUCACCAAAUGAGUGCAGCUCUGGCACCCCUCCUUAUGAUGGGCCCCUCACUCCCCCCCUCAGCAUCAGCAGUAACUUUGCCCUGAAGCAGGAGCCUUCUCCCCAUGAAUCCGAAAGGAACUUCACAUCUCACUCUGGCCAGCAUGCUCACUUCCUCCCAUCCCACCAUUAUACCAACUGCACUGGCAGCCUACCAGGAGGGCCUCAAGGCCACCAAAUCUUCCAGACAUCACGAUAUGAGCUGCCUCUGGACGUGACCUUUGACUCCUUUCCUCCCUCUCACCUGGUCACUUCUCAGAUGGGCACCAUCUGAAUGGGACAGGAACAGUGAGUGACUCUUUCAGAAGAGAAGAGAAGAGAAGAGAGGUGAAGAACUGAUUGCUGAUAACUGCUGUAAAAAGAUUCUUUUAUAGAGAAAACAGUUUGCAUUCAUGCUGUUUGGAACUCUGGGAGAGCUUAGAAUGCUCAGAACGAGAGAGUCUCAGAAUAAUUUCAACUUAAACUACCUGCUGCAAACAUGCACCCUUAAAAUGUACGGUCUUAUUUAUUCUUAUUUUUUAUUGAUAUUAUAUUAGGAUGUUGUUUUUAAAAAAAAUUAAAGUAGCUCCCUCUGUUGUUUAAGAGUGGAACUGAGAAUUAGUUGGAUAAAUUGUUUGGAGCAGCUUGAGUUCAAAUAUGAGAGCUUUGAUACAACAUUUGGAAGUUUACAUAUCAAAAUGAUCAAAAAGUGAAUUGAUUGAAACUGUGCACUGGGGUCAACUGUCAAUGUCCUGAUUUUAAGAAAGCAAUGCAUUAUUUAUAAAUGUAUUUAUUAUUUAUUUCAACACCAUUUAGAUUCUUCUCAGCGCUGUUUUCAUUUUACUGUCUUCUUUGUUUGUUACCAUUCUUUUUGUAGCUUUUACUUUAUUUAAGAUAUUUAUUUGAUGUAUUUCAGGUACUUAUUUUAUUGAUGUUUUCAUUUUUGUCUCAGUGUACUGUCAAAACUUGGCUCUUUCGCACUUAAUUGAAUAAAUAUUCUUAUAC